ACAAAGGGCCCUCCCUCUUCACGCAUAUCAAAACAGCAAAAAAGAAAAACCAAAACGCAUGCAUUCCUAAUUUUCUCCUUCUCCUUUUAACUUCUUCAUCCUCCCUAUUCUCUCAUUCAUCAUCUCUCUCUAACCUCUCUUCCCAAGGUGGUAGUCCAAUGGCGCUUGAGGGAAUAAACCCAAUACGGCGAACUCUGGUUUGAACUCCGUUGGCCACACAGAUAUGGGCUAUUGAUUUCGGCUCAUUUGAAUGCCCAAGAGAAAGUCUAUCCGUGGGCUGUACCUCCACCCGGAGGUUAGAUAAUAUAGACGCGAUAACAACAACACCAUGGAACCAACUAAUGCCGGUUACUGCACAAACAAUCAAACCGGUUACGGCGUCGUUUCAACGGACUAUUCACCUCCGCUUCUUAACAUGUACGGCGUCUCCUCCACCGUUGAUACUGUUCCGACAACAACCGAUUCAUUCACUUAUUACGGUGCUAAUGUCGACUGUGAUGUAAUCCCUUUACCGAGCUCCAGAGAUGCAACAUCGGAUUACUAUCAUCAGAAUCCUAGAUCAUUAUCGUCGACAAGUGUUCCUCCUACUAAUCCUUUCUCGUUUCUCGGCCAAGACAUCGAUAUCUCCUCUCACAUCAAUCAGCAACAGCAUGAUAUCGAUCGAUUCGUCUCCCUUCACAUGGAGAGAGUGAGAUUCGAGGUUCAAGAGAAGAGGAAGAGGCAAGCGAGAACGAUAAUGGAGGCUAUAGAGCAUGGACUGGUGAAGAGGCUUCGUGUCAAAGAAGAAGAAGGAGAGAGAAUCUGGAAGAUAAACCACGCGCUUGGGGAACGCGUGAAGUCACUCUCCACCGAGAACCAAAUCUGGCGGGAUCUCGCUCAGACCAACGAAGUAACCGCCAACAGCCUCCGCAACAACCUCGAGCAGGUCCUGGCGCAGGUUAAGGACUCUGGCGCAGGAUUAGAUAGCGAUGAUGCGGAGUCGUGUUGCGGGAGUAGCGCGGGUGAAGAAACGGUUAGGCGUAUGGUAGCUAUUGAGGCGCUUGAUAAGGCGGCGAAAGGUAGGAUGUGCAGAAACUGUGGGGAGCAGGAAUCGUGUGUGUUGCUUUUACCGUGCAGACACUUGUGCCUGUGUGGGGUGUGUGGGUCCAGUGUGCACACGUGCCCUAUCUGUAGUUCCCCCAAAAACGCUAGCGUUCAUCUUGACCCCGUUUAUGGAAACUCCUCUUCGUUUUUUUUUUGUUAAUGGAAGUUUUUUUUUUUUUUUUAAAUACAAUAGUAAGGAAAUUAAUUGAAUUUUUAGUCAACAAAUCAAAAC